AUGAAAACAUUCGCAAGGAGACGGGUGGGGAGACCCGAGGAAAAACCCUCAGAAAAAAGUAGGGCUGUAACUUCGUAUAUGGAGGUGAAAGAGCGUGCGGGUGUAGGGCUCUUUGAAGCGGGGUCUGGAGGUGGAUUUUCAGAGGGUCUUGCGCGGGAAGAGGGCGGAGAAGGCCGGAAAGUGGGGGAAAAGAGGCAGCUGUGCCUGAACUUUGGGCAGAGGAUGUAUAGGAAGUGCCACACGUGCGGUGUGAUCUUCGCAGAAGGCGUCUCCAGCGAGGAGAAGAUGCACGCUAAAAUCCACAGGAAGCAUGUUUCAGAGAGAAGCAGCCAAUCAGAGGAAGCAUAA